AUGGUUGGUGGUGAAGGUCCAGCGGACCCAAGAUGGAUGAUUACAGGGACAUGGAUUGAAUAUGCAAAAAAGUUUAACGCCCUCUGUAUCAACCUUGAACAUCGUUUCUAUGGAGAGAGUCACCCCACAGAAGACCUUAGCACGAAGAACUUGCAGUAUUUGUCAUCAAGCCAAGCUUUAGCGGACAUUGCAAACUUUAUAACUGCUAUGAAUGACAAGCUCAAGUUAAACCGUGAGGUGAAAUGGGUUGCUUUUGGUGGUUCUUACCCAGGCUCAUUGGCUGCUUGGUUGAGGAUGAAGUACCCUCACCUGGUGUAUGCAGCAGUAUCAUCAAGUGGACCCCUGCUGGCUAAAGUUAACUUUAUGGAAUACUUCACGGUUGUGGUGGAUGCUCUCCGCGAGAAAACCGGUGGUGAGGAGUGCGUGACUCAGCUGCGACUUGCUCAUAGUCAAAUUGAAGCCCUGAUGAAGACCAAACCACAUGUUGUUGAAAAGGAAUUCAGGGUCUGCAAGCCGUUCUCCAAGGCGACUAGCAAUGAUAUUAAGAACUUCUUCAGCUCGCUAGCGGACGACUUUGCCGACCUGGUGCAGUACAACGAAGACAACCGCAUCAGCAUGGACACUAGAUACAGGAACCUCACUAUUAACAGCGUGUGCAAGUUGCUGACCGAACCCGGCGAGAGUCCGGCCCACCAGCGCCUAGCCGCCUUCAACUCCAUGAUGCUGGAGAAAUCCAACCAGAGCUGCAUGGACUACAGCUACGGCGGGAUGAUCGAGGAGUUGAGGAACGCCAGCUGGGGCUCGGAAGGGGGUCGCCAGUGGAUGUACCAGACCUGCACCGAGUUUGGUUUCUACCAGACCUCUUCUGGAGAGGUGGAGGUUUUUGGCGAUCACUUCAAACUGGACUUCUUUGUGCAGCAGUGUCAGGACGUCUUCGGUAAAAAAUUCAAUGAAGAUUUCAUAGAGAGGGCGGCGGAUUGGAGCAACAGUUACUACGGUGGCCUAGACAUAUCCGUUGACAGGGUAGUAUUCGUCCAUGGCUCUGUCGAUCCGUGGCACGCGCUUGGCAUCACUACUACUAUGGACAGCAAUGCCCCUGCCAUAUACAUCCGCGGCACUGCACAUUGCGCCAACAUGUACCCAGCCAGUGAGAAUGACCCCCCACAAUUGACUGAGGCACGUUUGGAGAUACAACAGUACCUAUCCACCUGGUUGGAACACCCU